AUGGAAGAUCAGGAAAAUCAAGCACACACUGCAGAACUGACUUCUACUGAAGCAGCCUCUCCUCGGGAGGAUAUGCCUCUGAUUUCUUUGGACGAGAAUAGCAUCGCCAGCACUAGCGAACUAUCUGCAGCUUCUGAUGUCGUGUAUAGACGUGCAUCGCGGAGAUCGCGACGAGCGGCUCACAAUUCUGGAUCCUUUGCUACUGAAACGGAACUGGAGGCUCUUUUGACGGAGCCCUCUGAACAUCCUGGAGUGCAGUCAUCCAGUCGUGGGAAUAUGGCAGAGGGAAUCAUCAGUGAGGAGUAUGAAACAUGGGUCGAAGUCGAACAAAUUCUGAAAGUGCGGAGGACGGCUCCAUUUCCUGAAAUCCUAGGGCAUCAGUCAUGGGGAGAUAGGGUCGAGCAAUAUGCGCACUUUGUAAAGUUUCGCGAUCAGUCUUAUUGGCACUGCAAUUGGAUACCGGGCUCAGCCAUUCUCCGCAUGCACCCUGGCAUGGCGAAGUACUUCCAUCGCCGGAAUGCAGACCUCAUUGAUCUCGCUGACGAAGAAUAUAGGGAAGGAAUUAAUGCGGGAAGUGAAUCAUGGAACGAUCCUCCAAAAAUUCCCUCUUCUGACGAUGAUAUCAAUGAUCCAACUUUGGAUAAUCUAAAUCUUAAUGCUACUCCCAUAGUCAGUGAAUCUUUUGCUUCCAAUUUGGUGAAGCUGCGACCAAAAUGGGGUCGCCGUCGGUACGAGUAUUACCUAAAGAAUGGCGUGUCCCCUAACUACCUCUAUCCAGAGCGUGUCCUCUCAACUAGCGAGAUUUUUCGUCCAACUAUCUUUGCACCGAUGCGGCGAAAGCUAGGCUCUACUCAUAAACCAUUAAAAAAAUCUUCGCUCGCCUCGAUGACCCGCCUUCGCGAGAUUCUUGUGAAAUGGUGCGAUUUGGAUGAGGCUCAUGCCACGUGGGAGACGGUAGAGAUAAAUCUGGUGCACCUGGAAUCCAUGUUGCCACGCUACCGUCGUGCUGGCCUUCAGCCGCUUGAUCCCUGUGGACGACGCCUUCUUCCCUCAUUUGUGCGGCGAUGGAUUCUUCAGCUAGUUGACGCCCAUCUCUCUCAGAUCGCCAGUCUCUACACGCUCCACCUAGGCGAAGCCUCUAGAGACCAAAUCAUUAAAUUAUAUCAAAGUUCCUCCAAGCCAGCUCCCCCCUCAUCGCCUUCUAAUUGGGAGGUAAAUUGGAUUGAAAAACAGCCGAAUUACCUCUCGAACUUGGAAGGUGGGCAGCUGCAUGGUUAUCAAUUGGAAGGCAUCCGGUGGUUGCGGAAGUCUUUCUACAAUCACGUUAAUACAAUUCUUGCUGAUGAAAUGGGGCUGGGCAAGACAGUCCAGAUCGUCGCUAUGCUCUAUUCCCUAGUCAAAGAG